AUGCCAUCCAUUUGUUUGGCACCUUCCAAUUUUUAUUAUCCUAUAUCGGGCAUUGAAGCAGAACGUUUGUUGAACACAUAUGGCAGUGAAGGAUCAUUUAUAGCUCGGCCUAGUGGUUCAAAUCCGUCCGACUAUACAUUAUCUGUCCACCGUGGAAAUCGAAUUACUCACAUAAAGAUACAAAACAGUGGCGAUUGUUUGGAUCUAUACGGCGGCGAACCUUUCGCAUCUCUCAGCGAACUUGUCCAGUUUUAUAUCGAAAAUCCAUGUCAACUUCGUGAACGUGAUGGUGAAACUAUAGUUUUGAAGUGUCCUUUAGUUGUUCCAUCAACUGAAGAAGUUGGAUGGCUUGUUUCACGGCCUAUGACGGAACGUUGGUUUCACACUGGAAUAUCUGGUCGUGAAGCGGAAACUUUAUUAGCGGAUGGCAAACAUGGCACUUAUCUUGUUCGAGAAAGUCAGAGUGCACCUGGUCAAUUUGCUAUUUCAGUCAAAGCAGCCGAUGAUAAAGUAAUCCACGUUAUGAUUUACAAUAAGUAUGACAUCGGAGGUGGCGCGACUUUUUCGACGAUAGCAGAAUUAUUAGAACACUAUGGGCGAAAUCCAAUGGUUGAUCAGGCUGGAACUGUUGUGCACCUUAAGCAGGCAAGUUAUUUCAAACCCACAAAAUUUAUUAGUCGACGAGAGGGUAAGAGAGCUGGAAAUGUUAAUAAAAAUCGUUAUAAGAAUAUAAUUCCUUACGAUCAUACGCGCAUCGUAUUGGAAACAGAUGAUGAAAGUGAUGGUAGCGACUACAUUAAUGCUAAUUAUAUAGAAAUUCUUUCUAAAGAAUACCCGGAAUUUUCUGGGAUUAAUCGGCGAUAUAUUUCUACUCAAGGCUGCUUGCCAAACACAGUAAAUGAUUUCUGGACUAUGGUGUGGCAACAGAAAGCUCAAAUCAUAGUCAUGACAACCAAAGAAGUAGAACGUGGCCGUAGCAAAUGUUAUCGGUACUGGCCAAUAAAAGAAGAAGAACAAAUAUAUGGGCGUAAAGGAGAAUUUCGCGUCAAAGCUAUUGAAGUUAGCUUUCUAAAAUUUAAAAAAAAGAGGAAAAUAUGGCAUUUUCAAUUUAUGGCUUGGCCAGACCAUGGAUGUCCUUCCGAUCCAAGCGGUGUUCUCAAUUUUUUGGAAAAAGUCAACGAAUGCGAUGAAAAAAAUUGUGGUAGUAACUCCGGUCCUAUAAUUGUACAUUGCAGUGCGGGUAUUGGACGGACAGGAACGUUUAUAGUCAUCGAUAUUUUGCUGAACCAAAUCAAAAAAUUUGGUGCGCAUUGUCAACUUGAUAUUCCUCGAACAGUGCAAAUGGUGCGUGAACAGCGUUCAGGAAUGGUGCAAACUGAACAGCAAUAUCGAUUUCUUUAUCAGGCUCUAUCACAAUAUAUGAAAAAUUUAACGCAAAAGCAAGAUUUUGAGGCAAUAUUUUACUUCGAAAUUUCGAAAUUUUCAUUCAUAUCAAUGUCCAUUGAGAUUAAAGAAUUAUCAGAGUUUCAGCGUCGUGAACGGUGUAGUUCGCGGUACUCGAAUCACUCAGGGACUACUAAAACACCACUGACACCAACUUCUGUACCUCUAACACCUAUUUCCAUUGUUACAUCUCCUAUAUCAACGAAAAUGGUUAAUUUAUGUUUUUUCAAAACUAAAAUUAAACUAAAAUUUACUAAAUAA